AUGGGUGCUCUAGAUGGAAAGAGUAGAGUUGGUUCAGAUAAUGAGAAAAAGUGCUUGCGUGCAACAGGGGCCUUCACUGUGAGAAAGAAUAGUGGGUAUUAUAUUCGCGUCAAGCCGGGGGUUUAUAGUGAAUAUGUGGUGAUGGGAGAGAACAAGACGAACAUUGCUCUGAUUGGUGAUGAUGCCACCACCACGAAAAUUAUGGGUAACUGGAGUAACGCCACCGGAUUUGGAACUCUACGCUGUUUAUGGAAAGGCUUUAUUGGCCAGUCUUUAACCAUUGAGAACUCAGCUCCAAUAAACAGUCAUCAAGUAGUUGCACUAUACAACAAUGCAGAUCACUCAGCAUUUUACAAGUGCAUUUUCAUGGGUUACCCAGACACCCUAUUGGCAAACAAAAAUUCACAAUUUUACAAAAACUGUGAAAUUUCAGGCAUUGUUGAUUUCAUUUUUGGUUACGCCUCAGCCGUGUUUCAAGAUUGUGGCAUCUACGUUCAUUGA